UUGGACAAUCUUCAACAUGUUCCCUCGAAAAAAAUUGUUCUCUUUUUUUUCAGGGUUGGGCUCAUUGUCGUGCAGCGUAAUGUGCGUGCAUGGUGUUCGCUUCGCACUUGGCAUUGGUUCAAACUGUAUGGUAAAGUAAAGCCGCUCAUCAAAGGAAACAAAAAAGACGAAGAAAUGGAAGCGUUGGCUAAGAGACUUAAAGAAAUCGAAGAGAACCAUCAGACUGAAGAGCGCAAACGAAAAGAACUGGAGGCGGAGAAUGCUCGCCUUCAGGCGGAAAAGCAAGCAGUGCUUCUGCAGCUCGAGCAAGAGCGCGAUGAAAAUGCCGAGAUUGAAGAGCGUAGUGCAAAACUGCUCGCUCAAAAGGCUGACAUAGAGAAACAGAACGCCGAUCUGAACGACCAGCUGGCCGAUCAAGAGGACAGAAAUGCAGCACUUUCCAAGGCUAAGAAGAAGGUCGAACAAGAUAAUGACACUUUGAAAAAGACGGUAACCGAUCUUGAGACCACUAUCAAGAAGCAAGAAGGCGAGAAACAGGGCAAGGAUCAUCAGAUCCGUAGCUUACAGGAUGAAAUUGCGUCUCAAGAUGAAAUCAUCUCUAAAAUAAACAAGGAGAAGAAAUAUCAAGAAGAAAUGAACCACGUGAACAAACUCAAAGCGAAACUCGAAGCAACAUUGGACGAAAUCGAAGACACGUUAGAACGUGAGAAACGCAAUCGUCAAGAUGUGGAGAAACAGAAACGAAAAGUGGAAGGAGAGCUUAAGAUUGCGCACGAAACAAUCGAAGAAAUCACACGUCAAAAGCACGAUCAGGAAAAUGUGAUUAAGAAGUGUGUUACCAUUAUC